CGAAAAAAGAAAGUUUGAGUUUGACGUAUACGUUUGGCGAUUGUCGACCGCGACUCAAUAGGUGCUUUUGUGGGGAAAAUUGACUAAUUUUCCUCACUUAAAUAAUAUAGGAAAUAUUAAAACAAACAAGCAAACGUGUGGACGGCGGCAGUAGCAGCGUGUUCAAGUUGACAUGUGGCAGUGAAAUAUAGUGUAGUUGUUUACAAUGUUCAGAAGUAAAAUUAGGAUACACACAUGCAGGAUAAUACUGCUGACUUCUCUGGUGUGGCUGUUGAUAGAUGUGAUACUCCUCGCCACGUACUCGGACUGUUUCAGCGACGGCUGGGACUGCAGCAAGAAGACUUCAUCAUCCAACCAUGUCCCAGAUAAUAAUGAAGAAUAUAGAGGGAAGAAGGCUGCCAUAGCAGCGGGGUUAAGAAAGGGUGUAGAAGAAGCCAAUGAAGAUAAUGUCUUGGAUCAAGAGGACCCCAUAGUUCAGGAAGAUGUUGGUGACGAGGGGCUUGUGUUGUCACAUUAUCCAAGGUCACGGCUAAAACGAUGGAAGCCCGCUCCCUCAGUCACACCAAAGGCAAGCGGUUUACCAGGAGAGAUGGGCAAGGCGGUGAACAUCCCCAUCGAGCAGGAGAAGCUGAUGCUGGAGAAGUUCCAGGAGAACCAGUUCAACCUGCUCGCCAGCGACAUGAUCUCGCUCAACAGGUCACUCACCGACGUGCGCUUUGAGAAGUGUAAAACGAAGAAGUACCCGGACCUGCUGCCCACCACGAGUGUGGUGAUCGUGUUCCACAAUGAGGCUUGGACGACGCUUAUCAGAACAAUCUGGAGCACCAUCAACAGGUCCCCACGACCGCUGCUCAAAGAGAUCAUCCUCGUCGACGACGCCAGCGAAAAGGCCCACCUCGGCCAGCAGUUAGAAGACUACAUUAAAGACCUGCCUGUGACGACGAAACUCUUCCGGACAGAGAAAAGGUCUGGUCUCAUCAGAGCGCGUCUGCUAGGAGCUAAGCACGUGAAGGGUGACGUCAUCACCUUCCUAGACGCCCACUGCGAAUGUACAGAGGGUUGGUUAGAGCCGCUCCUGGCGAGGAUAGUGGAGGACCGCGCCACGGUGGUGUGCCCGAUCAUCGACGUCAUAUCUGACACCACAUUCGAGUACAUCCAGGCGUCCGAUAUGACCUGGGGAGGGUUCAACUGGAAACUCAACUUUAGAUGGUACCGCGUUCCCGAGCGCGAGAUGUCGCGGCGCGGCGGCGACCGCACGGCGCCUCUGCGCACGCCCACCAUGGCGGGUGGGCUGUUCGCCAUCGACCGCGAAUACUUCUACAAGAUCGGCUCCUACGACGAGGGCAUGGACAUCUGGGGCGGCGAGAACCUCGAGAUGAGCUUCCGGGUCUGGCAGUGCGGCGGGCGGCUGGAGAUCGUGCCAUGCUCGCACGUGGGCCACGUGUUCCGGGACAAGUCCCCGUACUCCUUCCCCGGCGGCGUGCAGAACAUCGUGUUGCACAACGCCGCGCGCGUCGCCGAAGUCUGGAUGGACGAGUGGGGCGAGUUCUAUUACGCCAUGAACCCAGGGGCAUUGCAAGUGCCGGUGGGUGACGUGAGCGAGCGCAGGGAGCUACGGGAGCGCCUCAAGUGCAAGUCCUUCCGCUGGUACCUCGAGAACAUCUACCCUGAGAGCCAGAUGCCUUUGGAUUACUACUACCUUGGAGAGAUACGUAACGCGGAGACUUCAAAUUGUCUGGAUACUCUCGGAGGCAAGUCGGGACAGGCGCUCGGCAUGGGCUACUGUCACGGAAUGGGCGGGAACCAGGUGUUUGCGUACACGAAGCGCAAACAGGUGAUGUCGGAUGACAACUGUCUGGACGCGUCACACCCGCGCGGGCCCAUCAAGCUGAUACGCUGCCACGGGCUGCGCGGCAACCAGGAGUGGACCUACGACUCGAAGACGCGGAUAAUAAAGCACUCUAACACGGGCAUGUGCCUGGACAAACCGGAGUCUACGGACGUGUGGAAGCCCGUGCUGCGCGCGUGCGACGGGUCGCGCGGCCAGCAGUGGCUCAUGCAGGUGGACUUCAAGUGGCAGGCGCGCCGCCGCGGCGACCACAGCUAGUCCACGCGGCUCCGACGUCGGAAUGACAACGAUAGACCAUAACAGUCUUCCCCUCUCGUUAGAUAUCAGAUUAAUAAAAUUCCUUAUUUCUAUAUCUGAAAUUUUAUAUCUAUUAGAUGUAUCGACACUUGAGGUCCUGUGAAUUGUUGACAAUACAUAAAUAUGCUGUAAUAUGUUGUAUUCCCUGUAAACGUUGCUCAACUUUAGUAUUGUCUACGCGUAGUGAGUUUUUAAUUUCAUAUUUUUAGGUAUUUUUAGAAGAUUUUAUUGAAAUUUGAAAACUAUGAUUAUGAAUGGUUUUUUUGGCUUGCGAUAGAAUUUAAUUCAGUAGAGAUUAUAUUUAUUUUGUGUCCUGACGAAUAUGCCUGUUAAUGUAAUAGAAUUUACGUAAUACUCCAUGACGGAUAGGUUUGUUUAGUGAAUGUUUCGCAGGAUUAUUUGUGGCUCAUGGAGAAUUUUGUUUGUAAAAUAGUAAUAGUAUGCUUACUUAUCGUUACGGGUACUCUAUGACAAGGGUACGUUGUACCCACGGUUUAGUAAGUCGCGGUGCUAAUCUUCGCCACUAGGUAUAAUUGCCUGUUAUGUCACUUCAUGUUAGAUGGCUAGAGGCACGACCGUGCCAUAUACCAGCCACACUGCACACGUGUUGUAUUGUUUGACUUUUACUUCACCUUUUCUGUAGAGAUUACUUCGCUAUGACACUACUGCCAUUGUCACAGGGAGCCGACUCCCACAGAUGAAUUUAUUUUCAGAUAUACUUAUGGUGUGAUAGAGGUAUGUCUAGACUGUGUUGAAUUGUACUGUUUGUGGUUGUUUAUUACUAUCACAGCUCGUGUAUGUUGAGAUUUCACGUCGCACCGAGUGUUCAACAGUUGUACAAGGUGAAAUUUUAAAUUACAUCUAUUUCAAUGACGUAAAACCGGUGUGUUAUGAUUCCCUUAGUUUAAUUACUUACACUUUCUGUUCUCGUUUCGUACAAUAUGAACGCACCAUGUAUACGUUCGUACGUUUUUAAACUAAAAUCUCAAGUCAAAAUUUCACCUUGUGCGUGUAUUUCAAGUGUGAGAUUAUUGUAGCUAAGAGAAAUAUUUCAUAUAAUAAAUAAAUUACAUAUUGUUAUUGUUAAAUCUGCAGCGAUUUGUAUGAGUUGUCGAUGUAUCACUUUAUACGACUUGUAUGUAUUUUGAACCAUCUUGUAGAUGUAACAAUAAUUGUUAUAAACUGUUGCCUUAAUUAAUUUUAUGACGUCUCAAAUCAAUUCGUGUUUUUUAUAAAAUUGUAAUAUUGUGGUAAGGGUUAAUGAGUAAUAUAAUAGUGCAUAUCGUCAUAGAAUGAAAGUUGCUUGAUGGAAUUGUCUAUAUUAUAAUUUUUCUCUUGUAUUUCUAUUCUAUAUAUACCUAGAAAAAAUGUUUCAGAUUCAUUCUCGCGUAUUAGAAAGGUUUUGUAAUAAAUUGGGCCGUUUACAACGAAAUUAUGAUAAUAAUCUUAUAGUAGAAUAAAUUAUGAAUUUGGUUUACUUGCUUUUGAAGCUAGCAAGGCGACGGCUCGCCAGGAGCCGCGGGGUCGAGGGCGUCCUCUCGAAGCCGAAUUAUAUAGUAAUUUGGAUAUUAUUACACCUAAAUUAAAAGUUAGUGAUUUGGUUUUAAGUUUUCGUUUGAUAUAUCUAUUAAGUUAAAAUACGGAAAUUUCUACCAUAUCACUGUAAAUUAUUGUAAUAUAGACACGUUUAUGAAUUAUCGAGAAAUUGGCAUAUGGAUUUAUUUAUAUUUACAUCACAAGUUGUAGAUGUAUAAAAGGAGAUCAUCGGAUUUCGGCCCAGAAGUCAAAGUGGCGGCCAAAAAAUAAUUUUGCUAUAUUCCGUUAGACCUUAUCCGUCUGAGUAUUUAUUACUAUGGCACCAAAGCUGUAGGGUCAAUAUCUUCGGUUUUAUUCGAAUUAAAAGAACUGUAUUUUUCAUACAUUUUGGUGAAAAUGUGAAGUGCCGGCCAAGAAACAAUAUUGGUAUAUCCCGUUAAAACUUAUCCCUUUGACCAUUUAUUAUUAUGGCACCAAACGUCUAUGACCAUUAUUUUGGCUUUUAUUGGACUUUACGUUUUAGUUUCUAAGUGAAAAGUGCCGGUCAGCAAAACACAUAUGUCAAAACUAUCGAGAAGAUACCUGUAAACAUUAUUCACUAUGACAAUAAACGUGUAUGACCAGUUUGGCUGUUGUUGGAUUUUUAAAAUCUCGAUUCUUGAUUUAUUUUGUUAUAAAAUAAAAUAUGACAGGCGCGUUAUUUAAAGGAUCGUCAGAAUGUUUAUUACUAUGACAUUAAACGUCUAUGACCACUAUUUUGUACUCAAUUAGAUUUCUCAAAAAUCUGGAGUUUUCAUAGAUACCUUAACCUACACUUUGGCGAAAAAAGUUUUGUCUGGCGAUAAUGCAGGUAAAGACGUAAUAUCGUGGUCGUCAUUGGACACAUUUUUAUAAAUCAAAAAUAGGUUUUCGUUUGACCACUAUCUCACCUGAUGGUGAUACAUGCUUUAGAAGCUUAUUUUUUUAAAGAAAAGUGAGGUACGAUGCUAUGUCGGCCGAGUAGCACCAGGACAUUGUGAUCGGCAUACAUGCAAAGUACAACUGCCUGACUCCUGUCUUCCCUAACAGCUACUUCAGACGUCAUGCCAAAAUACGAGUUUCGUCACUAGAUGGCAAGCUUAUCUUUGGAGGGUGGUAACCAUCUACGGUCAAGAUGAAUCAAUACCAUAAUUUGACCUAAACUUAGGCCGUAACGUUGAGUCGAAUGCAAAAACUACAGCCAACGUCAUAUCUAAAAUCAGAUAGUAUUAAUAUAGAAGUUCACCUAACAACACACAAAACAAAAACAAAAAGUAUUUAUCUGACUAAUAACUAGUCAUAGGGAAAGCUCUGCUUAUUGUCAUUGUUAAAAUGUAUAUAAAAAAAGAUUUUUUUAAAAAGUCUAAUAAAAGCCAAAGUCGAUAUUUGGUAAUAUAGUAAAGAAAUACGUUUCAAGUCGUUUACCAAAAGAUUUGACUUAUUUUGUUUCGCUGGCUGACAUUUUCCCAUUUGAACCAAAACGGAAAGAGAGACGAAUAAAAGUCAAAAUAAUGGUCAAAAAUGUUUUGCGCCAGAUUAUUAAAUGUUCUAAAGGUCCUUUGUAAUCCGCCGUUUCGCAAGUUUUGCUUAAAGCACUUUAUUUUUAAACAAAACAAAAAAGAAAUCAAGAUUUUUAAAAUACAAUAAAAGGCAAACUAAUGGUCAUACACGUUUGGCGCUAUAGAAAAAAAUGUUAACAGGCAUCUACUCGAUACUGUCAACAUGGUAUUUUUGGUGGUCGGCACUUUUCACAUUUGAACUAAAACGUAAAUUCCAAUAAAAGUCAAAGUAAUGGUCAUAGAUAUUUGGUGUCAUAUUAAAAAAUAUUGAGAAGCAACUAUUAGACAGAUUUGACGUAUUUAAUUCGAUGGCCGGCAUUUUAACAUAUUAACCAAAACGGAAAGUCCAAUAAACGUCAAAAUAAUGGUCAUAGAAGUUUGGCGCCAUACUAAUAAAUGUUCUAACGGUCCUUUGUAAUACGCCUGUAUCCCUUUUAUUCCCAACGGACAUAUUAUUUUUUUUUACAAAAUGUAUGAAAAAUCGAGAUUUUUAAAAUCUAAUUAAAGCCAAACUAAUGGUCAUACACGUUUGGUGUCAUAGUAAAAAAUGUUCACAGCAAUGUACUCGAAAGGUUCGACACAUUUUUUUUCUCUGGCCGGCACUUUCGAAUUUGGGCCGGCCAAAGUAUGGAGAGCCGAUGAUCUCCUUUGUACUACUUAUAAAAAAUAUAAUAUUCUUUUAACUUCUUAUUGUGGAGAAUUGUGAAAGGAUAGUCAUUUAGACGAGAUUGUAAUUAUUGUAAAUAAGUUGUUACGUGAACAUUCGUCCAAUCGAUACUUGCGAGCAUGGCGGUCAACGCUCGCAUAUGGAAAGCAUUUAUUUAUAUACUACUAAGACCUAGAAUCUCAUGUGCACUACAAAAUUAUAAAAGUAAUGAAAAGUGCCAAAUUCUUCGAGUUUAUUUUUGUUAAUAACACAUUCACCAUUCCAAUAGACGAAUAUGAAACAUUACAUUGAUUAAAUAAUUUGGACUGAAUUUUA